CUAAGAGAGAGAGAGAGUGUUUUAGGUCAAGGGCAAAGAAUAGGUUCCUCGUAUUUUUCUCACUUCCUUCCAAUAUGAACUUGUUUCUUUCCCACAUGGUGUUUUGGAAAUGCUGAGGCACUUUCUUGCCUUGAAGCCUGAGAGAGAGAGAGAGAGAGGAUAUAUUGUCUUAAAGGUUUUGGGAGCAUCUGAGAGAGAGGAAAGAGAGAGAGAGAGAGAGAGAGAGGGGUGAGGAGAGGAGAGUGAUAAUGAAGAUGGGGUCUAAUCACAAGUGGGACCUCCAAUACCCUCAGUGGAGCAAAUAAGUCAUUAGAAGUGGAAGCUGCAAUGUCAAGCAAAGCAAGCCCCGAAAAUCUCUAUCCCUCACCCACCCCGCCUUCCAAACAAAGAAGCAACAAAAAGGUGACAUAAAGACAACAAAUACAUCAUCAUCCUCCAUAACAUCAUCAUCAUCAUCAUCAUCAUUACCUUGAUUUUCUUCACUCUCUCCCUUCACUCCCACCAACUACCAUACCCACCUCUUCAAAUUGCACAAAAGCAAGCUCCUUCCUUCCACCAACCUACGAGUUUGGAGGAUACUGGAGCAGGGCUUCCAAUGUCUUACUGUCAAUCACUUUGGUAUUUCUGGGAUCUUUCUCGCAAAUCAAACAGAAGAUAGCAAAAUUAUAAUCCACCCAUUGGAUGCUAUAUUUCGAUGGAUUCAUUCAAUCAAACCACUGGUUUCCGCUAUAAUCCAAGUUCAAACGUAAUGAGUCAUCACGCAGAUGAUGAUUCCGAGUUUUCCGGGAUUCUUGACAUAUAUGUUCAUCAUGCUAGGAACAUUCACAAUAUAUGUAUUUAUGAAAACCAAGAUGUCUAUGCAAAGUUUUCUCUUACAUAUAAUCCAGACGACACUCUCUCAACUAGAAUCAUCAAUGGAGGUGGCAAAAACCCGGAAUUCAACGAGAACUUGAGGAUGAAAAUCACCCAAGUUGAUGCAGUCCUAAAAUGUGAGAUUUGGAUGCUCAGCAGAGUUAGAAACUACAUGGAAGAUCAACUUCUGGGAUUCGCUCUGGUUCCAAUUUCACAAGUUGCUGGCAAAGGAAAGGUGACACAAGACUAUAGCCUCUCUUCCACUGAUCUUAUACACUCCCCUGCUGGAACUGUCAAAUUGUCUCUUUCUUUAGACACUUCCCUGCCUGUCAAUCCCUCUCCCAAUUCGUUACCCGAAUCGGCUUCCAAUUCAUCAAUAUCUUCAGAACUUGUGUUGCUUGACCGAAAAAUCUCAGAAGUUAUCUUAGACCCAGUAGAGUACUCGAGAAUCGAAUUCCCUGACAUCAAUGUUGUUAAAGAGACUCAACAAAUGGUGUCCGACUAUUUCGACUUGGCAGGGGAAGGUUCUGCUUCUGGGGCUAAUUCCGGGGGAUUCGUUUCAUUUCUCCAUCUAGGUGCUUCUCCUCAGUUCGUUGAUGACCAUGAAAUGACCGGGAAUUCGUCCUCGGACAAUCGUGGCGGAUCGGAUUCUCCCAGUGGAAGCAUACACAAUUCUGGCUUCUUAAGCUCGACCACAACAAGCUUAAGCGAUGACAGAAACUCUGCUGAUUCAAUGGAGAAAAAGAGUCGUGUAUGCGGUGAGCAAUCGAAUUCUGUCAAUAUCUCAAUCACUACUGAGGUUAACCAGAGCUCCUGUACUUGUCCAGACACUCCAACUUCAAAGAAGGUGACUGAAAUCUGCAGAGAUGAAAAGGAGUCAAAUUUCACAGGCAACGAGGAGGAGAACAAGAAGGAUAGGAAUAUGGGUGGUUCUGCUAAAUUUGGUCAAGUCUUUUCAGCUCCACUCGGGAACUUCAACCUUGAGGCUGAGCAGUCUGCGAUGCAGCAGCAAAUAGUGGACAUGUACAUGAGAAGCAUGCAUCAGUUUACCGAGUCUUUGGCAAAGAUGAAGCUUCCAAUGGAUCUUGAUAAACCGGAAAGUGAAGAUCGUGGAAAUGUGAUUCAAAACCACACCAACAAGUUAGAAGUUGACAACAAGAAAAAGGAAGGGUCUCGGGUGUUCUAUGGCAGCCGGGCAUUCUUCUGAUCUGACAGGGAGUUUGUUUGUUCUAGCUGGAUAUGGAGUUUAAUUUAUGGUAACCUUUGGCUUCCUCUCGGCUUUCUUAUGUGGUAUUAAUGACAGAUAUCAGUUUUUUCUUAGUCUUAUUUAACCUCUUUCCCAUCUUAAUGAGGGUAUUUUCUUGCAAUUUUGUGGGCAUAUAUUCCAUUAACUUGAAUAACUCGACAUUAGUCGCAUGCCAUAUGGAAAUAUGAUUAUCAUUGUGGUCUACUUUCUUUGCAUGGUUAGAAUUCCUUGCUUUUAAAGCACUCAGGAAUUAAGCUAUCUAUCAGGAUCCAGUGAAGCUGUCCUGUUGCAGGACAGCCCCAUGUGAGAGCAUGAGCCGGAUUUCACCUGUUCAGACAGCUUGAGCAGGUAAGUGCUGCCCCUAUGAGAUUUUGGAGAUCUGUUUUAGGUUUGCAUACCUAAACAGGAUAUUGUAUUGCCGUAUGUAUAAGAGUACAAUGAAUGACAUACGUACAUGUUUUGUAACUUACACUUCAAACUUUACAUGAUAAAUUCCUAAUAUGUACAAGUACCACCAUCUUGAAUUGAUCGAA